AUGACAUCGCAUAGACAUCGACAAACGUCAUCACGUUCAACGGUAGAUCCAGAGAAACAAAACUAUGACGAGAAACCUAAGCAUGGUCUACGAAGAAAACGAUUUUGUACUGAUAUUCCAUGCUGUAUUCUAUUUCUAAUAUUUAUCAUUCUUUUCGUUAUUCUCAGUAUAUUCGCAUUUAUCGAAGGUGAUCCGAAACAAUUAAUUCACCCAACGGAUAGUCAAGGUCAUUUAUGUGGUUCAGGCGAGUUCGCUGAUCGGCCUUAUGUUUAUUUUUUUGAUUGGACGAAAUGUAUUAAAGCAUUCAAUAUUCCAACAAAUCUUGCCAAAGGUCGACCAUUUGUUUGUCCAACAACUCAAGUGUGCGUUCAUCAAUGUCCUAAUCGAACAUCCCAUUACAAAUUUCAAAGUUAUCCAUCUACUCGAGUUUGUACUUAUGACGUUACCGAUGAACAAACUGACAAUAAUCAACUAGUUCAAGAUGGAAAAUGUGCGUCCUAUAUCCUUGCUAGUAAACCAUUAUUUGGUCGUUGUGUCCCGGAACAUAUACAAAGUCUUGCGAAUUCGGUUCUUGCGGCAACAGAUGAUGAUGGAAGAAAUAAAACUAUCGAUGGUUCCGAUGGUCAACCACUGAAUGGAUCGAAACUUGAACAAGGUGUAAAAUAUCUUGUUGACGUUUUGAAUCUGAGAGAAAUUGCGGCAUUCCUCAUGGAAGACUUUGCUACAUCAUGGCAAUAUAUUCUACUUGGCUUGGGUUUUGCUGCGAUUAUUUCUUUUAUAUGGAUUGUUUUAAUGCGUUGGUUCGCAAAACCCAUUGUUUGGCUUGGUAUAGCCCUAUUUAUUCUAUUACUAGCCGUUGCGAGUGGUUUAUCAUUUUUCGAAUUUAUGCAAUUGCGAGAAAAGAACGACAAUCAAAUCUUUACAGAAUUCAAAUUUGUUGCUGAUGCAAAUUAUUAUCGAAGUUUACCAAUAACAUGGCUAGUUAUUGCAAUUAUCUGCACGAUUAUUCUGAUUAUAUCAGUGUUGAUCUUAUUGGUUUUAUUUAAACGUCUACGAAUUGCUUUAGCUAUUCUAAAAGAAGCAUCCAAAGCUGUUGGAUACAACUUCUUCAGUCUUUUCUGGCCAUUCAUACCAUUCGUAUUACAAAUUGGCGUUUUAGCUUAUUGGGCAGUCGUAUCGGUCUACUUAGCAACUGCAGGAAAGCCCAUAUAUCGUUUAGCGUUUAGUAAUCUAACAAACAAUUCGACAGUAACGCAUUAUGGUGAAAUAUGUAAUCCUCGCACAUGGGAUAACACGGAUGGAUUGAGUGGAGAUUGUAUUUUUUGGGAAUAUGGAUAUGAUCCUCAAGUCGACUUAGAUAGUGUGUUGAACGGUACGGGUCGUCAUUUCAAAUCAUUCAUUAGUUUUGUGAAUAAAAACCAGUGGUUACCACAACUGUUUUCAGCGUUUAUGUUGUUUUGGUUGACUGCUUUCGUUAUUGGACUUGGCCAAUUAGUUCUCGCGGGAGUUUAUGCACGAUACUAUUGGGAUAGUAGACGUGUUGGUAUUCCGUGUUCUUCAUUAUGUUUAUCAUUAUUUCGUGCACUUGCUUUUCAUCUCGGUACACUAGCGUUUGGCUCAUUAGUAAUUGCAAUCGUCAAACUCAUUCGUACCGUCUUAGAAUACUUCCAAAAGAAAGUCAAAGAUAAAACAGGAAAAGUAGCUAAAUGUCUAAUGUGCUGCUGUCGAUGUUGCUUACUUUGUUUGGAAAAAUUUCUUAAAUUUCUCAAUCGAAAUGCUUACAUCAUGACGGCCAUCUAUGGCACUGGAUUUUUAACAUCAGCACGUCGUGCAUUUGCUGUCAUUGUUUCCAAUCCACUUCGGCUAUUAGUUAUUGAUAAAGUCUGCGAUUUUCUGAUCUUCCUUGGUAAAAUGUGCAUUACUGCUGGUAUUGGUAUUCUUGGAUUCUUCUUCUUCACGCAUCGAAUUGCUGGAUCGGAAAAAUAUGUUCCUGAGUUACAUUAUUACUUCAUUCCUUUGGCACUGAUUAUAGUUGGUACAUAUAUUGUUGCUAGCUGUUUCUUUUCUGUUUACUCAAUGGCUGUUGAUACUCUAUUUCUUUGUGCAUUGGAAGACUUGAAAUUGAAAGAGAAGAAUUCGCGACAUGAAUUGAAAAUGUCCGAAAAUUUGCAAAGAGUAUUUCGAGUUAAGAGCCAUAAGUAA